ACACCCAUAGCCUCACCUGUUUUUUUGUCAUUUCUGCGCUUUGCAACUGUGGACGUGCGCCAUGGACAAGUGGAAACAUGUGGCAUUGCAUAGUGCUUCGACACCAAGAGGCAGACGGAUCCAGCGACGUUGUCCCCAGGAAGAGGUGUGGCUUGGGAAGUCCGCAGCUAGAGCGCAGGAGGACCCAGGUUCGUGCUUUGCCACAGGAGGACGGUGCAACAUGGCAAGAUGCUAUUCGACUGCUCGCCGAGGCACAGCAGCUCCGCGCAGUGCCGAUAGAGGCCUACGAGGAGGCGGCAGAGCGAUGUAGGGAUGCGGCUCCUCUUCGUGUGGAAAGACUACUGGAAGAGGUCAAGGAAGCCAAGUUGAGCCCAAGCAGACGUCUUUAUCAAGCCGUGGUGGUGAGCUACGGUGAUGCCCAAAGUUGGCAGAAGGCGUUGCAUUGGCUGUUGGAAGCCCGACAGAGCGCCGGGCUCACAACUCAAAUGAUGAGCAGUUUCUUGCUGUCGUGCGUCAAGGUAGAGGAUUGGGAUUUGGCGUGGCCCCAGGCAUUGUAUUUGCUGGUGGACGCUUGUCCGCGGUGGGGCUUGGUGCCUUCCAGCGAGCACUUUGCUUUGGUGUUGCAAAGCCUCCCUCGGAACCAAGUCUCUUGGCGUAUUGCCACUGAGCUUCUGGCCGAGAUGAAAUUGCUGGGCUUGCAAUACACUCCGCAGUGCUAUGGUGGUGCUGCCCAUACCUUUGCCCUUCGUUGGCAAGGUGCUUUAGAAUUGCUCCUGGAGGCGCGCCAACGCUCAGUGCAGACCGCCAUCCACCCCACGGUCGAAAACCUCGCCGAGGAGGCCCGGCGCGGGGCCGAAGCACUUCGGCCUUUCUGGGACGCAGCCCCCAGCCGCAGGAGUUUGUUGGCUCGUUGGAGUCACGCACUGGACCUGUUUUUCCAAGAGAUCCAAUGCGGCUCUCCUCAGACCUUGGAGGAUUAUCGGGCGGCGAUCAAGGCGUGUCCGCGGUUCUAUUGGAAGCUGUGUUUGCAUCUUUUGGAGCAGAUGAAGACAUCCCUUGGACCAGACCGCCUUAGCUAUCGAGAAGCCAUGCGCACUUGCAAUCGUGGCUUGUACAGCUAUGAGGCGGCCUUGGGUCUCUUCGAAGACAUGACCGUUCAACAGCUGGAGCCCACCGUGGAGGAACACAACGAAGUGCUUUUGGCCUACAUCACCGGAAAUCGCUGGGAAGAGGCAUUUCGGCACUUUGCCAAGAUGCAGUCAGAGGGUCCACCUCCCAAUGUGCAGAGCUACUGCAUGGUGCUCUAUGCUUGUGCUGACUCGAGUGAGGUGACCGCCUGGUCGUCUGCCAUCCGAUACUGGUCCGAUAUGCGAGAGGACAAGAUCACCCCUGACUUCGACGCUUAUGAUAUGCUGCUCUUAGUCGCAGAGCGUAGUGAGCGAUGGGAUUGGUCGCGGCAACUGCUGGACACACUCUUCAAGUUAAAUGCGCCAUACACGGUCACCAUGUUCAAUGCGGCCCUCAACGCAGCACGUCGGGGGAAGCGCUGGGAGCUAGCGCAGUCCUUGAUAAGGGACAUGUCAGAUGAGCUGCUGCUCCCCACCAUUGUGAGUUAUUCAUUUGCAGUGGAUGCCUGUGAAAAGGCGGACCGCUUCGAUGUGGCCACACAGCUGUUGGAAUCGUCUUCUCGGCUGAAUGAACGCCGCGGAAGAUGGGGUCGGUGAAUGGUGAAGCGGCAGCAGCACCGGUUUGGGGGAUUCGGCGCUCGCAGCCACAAACGGAUCGGACAUUCUUCACGUGCGAUAAACGGAGGAUGCGAGAGGUAAACGUCAAAUCCGGGUAACCAAUCAUAAAGAAGUUGCAUGUGGUCACCGGUCAACGGUUGAGCUUCUGGACCUUAGCUUCUCUGUAGAUGUGGUCGAACAAGGUGGACGUGUACAUGGAAGGGUUUGAAGGCUCAGUCUGAGAGAUCUCAUCAGCCAUUUGUGAACCAUUCAACCGCAGUUCAACCAUACCAUCUCCGUUCUCCAUCUAUACCCUUUCAACAUCCUAGUGCAAGACGGUGAAGGAGUGCAGUCAAUGCCAACUCCGAGGGUGGACGAGCUGGACCUGAAGACCUGACGGGCCCAGACGGGUUCAGACGAGAAG